UAAUACUCCACGUGAAUUGACAUAAACAAGUUUAGAACUAGAAGUGAAGACGAUCGGACCUCGAUUCGAAGAAAGAAGCAAGCGGAGGAGAUUUCACAACAUUUAUAACAAAGCGUUACGAAAGAACAGUGGAUUUCUAGAUUUGCCCCAAACAAACAAGAUAAUUUGGAAAUGGCCACUGCUGGCGAUCCCGAAACCGGACACAUGGGUGAUGAGGAUAUUGCCUUAACAAAGAGCCAAAAGCAUGGUAGGGUAAACGAAGGGUCUCGCUUGCUUAGUCAUGAUGUAGAACAGAGCAGUAGAAGUCGGUUACUAAGUUACUCCCAUCGUGGUGGGAUAACUGAAAGUUUAAGACGUCUUCGUGCAUCGACUAUGACUGUUUCCCUGCUGGAGAAGCCGUCCGAGGACCGCCGCGCAUCUGCGUUCAUGGCUGGUUGGAACGUGAGUAAUCUGAUCCAAGGCACUGGUAUACUUGGAGUUCCCUAUGCUGUGAAAAUGGGUGGCUGGGCUGGAGUAGUAGCAAUCUUGGUUAUUGCGUGGAUUUGCUGCUUUACAGGAAAGCUACUUGUCGACUGCCUGUACGAGGAAUCCAAACGAACUGGCCAACGAAAGCGCGUAAGGACCAAUUACCCUGAAGUUGGAGAGGCUGUCUGUCCAGGAUGGGGUAACAGGAUAGUGAGCAUUGUUCAAGUCUGUGAGAUGUAUGGCGGCAUCAUCAUGUACAUUGUACUACUUGCAACAGUCUUUCAUGACAUGUUACAGACUGUCAGCAACCUUGAUAUCUACACAUGGGCAGUCAUCUGUGCAUAUGUGGCAUUUCCUGGAAUCUUCAUCCGCAGGGUAUCGGUGAUUGCCUGGAUAAGUAUGUUCUCAGUCUUCUCCCUCAUGUGUGGUCUUGGGACGCUGAUCAUCUACUGCAUCACAGAGUACAAGCAAAUGUCUUUCAAGAAUAUUCCUGUCUUCAAUGCCAAAACAUUUCCAAUUGGUUUUGGAGUCAUUGUGUUCAGUUACUGUGCGCAUGCUGUAUUCCCAGGAGUAGAGGGAAGCAUGAAAGAGCCAAAGAAGUUUGGUAGCAUGAUGAAUUACUCCUUUCUGCUGGCUGCUGUCAUGAAGUGUUUAUUGGGUUUGUUGUCUGUCUUGAGGUUUGGUGCUGACACAGAACAAGUCAUCACUGUCAAUGUCAACAGUCUCGCCUUCAACUAUCUUGCUAACGCUUUUGUUAUUACUAAUGUAUUCCUAGCAUUUCCACUCUGCAUGUUUGUAGUUUUGGAGACCUGGGAUACCAAGAUGUUGCCAUUAUUUCCUCAUCUUCAACCAGAAAGCAAAUUUCACUGGUUUUGGCUGCUUGUUACUAGACUGUUGUUGGUAACUUUUGCUCUGUUUCUUGCCAUUGUCGUCCCUCAUUUUGGUCUUCUCAUGGGAUUUGUUGGUAGUUUCACCGGAACCUGCCUGUCGUUUGUAUUCCCUUGUGUCUUUCACCUCAAGUUGAAGUGGAAAAAGUUGCAUUGGUAUGAUGUUUUGUUGAGGUGUUUUGUGAUUAUAUUUGGUUUGGUAUGUGGUGGUUUUGGUCUUGUGUUUUCUGCAAAAGAGCUUGUAAAAUCAUUCAAUUCACAAGGUUUUAAAUAGCUCUUGUCCAAUGGUAAUUAACAUAAGGCCAGGAUAUUCACAUGACUUACGAACAAGAAAACCGGACAUAGAACUAAGCUCCAGUUCAGACUUCAUACUUUUGCAACACCAUAUCCAAUAGAUGCAUUUUAUACUCAGAGAUUCAGGGCUAGAAGUGUCAGAAAUUAUAGCCGAAACAUUAGUGUAAUGUGUAAUCAGAAAUUUAAAAAUAUAGCGUAACAAAAGCCAAUCAUUCGAUACUUUUUGCCAUAAAUACACAACUAUUUGAUUUGAUGGACCAAAAGUUUGACAAUGAUUUUAACUGGACCUACAGUUUCAAAAACUAAAUUGUUAAAGGAAUAUUGAACAAUCAGCAAAAUCUAACAAGGCAUUGGUCAUUGACCUAUUACUUCUAUGGAAUUUAUUUUAAAAUGUGUGUUAAGCAUAAUUCCUUUUUCAAAAUUUCCCAGCCCUACUUGAAGGAGCUGAUAAGUGUGUAGCCAAUCAAUAUUACUCAUUCUGUAUCUAAAUAUGUUGGUAAAUUAUCCCAGAAGUAAUCAUAAAGUCUAAUUGUAUCAAUUAACAGAAUAAUACUCUCUUAAUCGAUUAUUUUUUAAUUAUAUAUAUUUUCCUAAUUAAUUAAGAGCAUUGAAAAUAUUUUCAAAUGGUCUUGAUAACAGAAACGUGAUUAGUAUUUAAAGAUAUCAUAAAUUGCAAUUAUUAGUCAAUUCCAUUUUUAUUUUGUUGCAUUUACUGGAUAGCCUGUAAAUAUUUUGUAACUUUCAAGCAUGACUCCUUACAACCUGAGAUGGAUCAAAAUAAUAAGUAUUUAAAUUAAUGUGAAAUUUGAUGCUAUAUUGAAAGUAAUAGCAUGAUAAUAGCUAUUUUAGAUAGUUAGAAAAUUGGUUAGAGCAUCCUCUCAUUUAAAGCUUAAUUGAGUACUAUUAGAUCAUAUUUUACUUCCCUUAGUCUUUUUAGAAUAAACUUUGUUUAAUGUGA